CUGCUUCCUUACAUUCUCCAAACAGAGAAGAGAUGGGCAACAGCGAGUCAUUCUCUGAAGGUGAUCCUCUGAGGAUUGUGAUGAUUGGGAAAACUGGUGUUGGGAAGAGUGCUGUUGGUAACACCAUUAUUGGCAAAGACGUUUUUCAGUCUUUAGUGAGUUCAGAGUCAGUGACCGAGACUUGUGAAAUAGAACGAGUUAGAGAUUGCAAAAGAAAGAUCCAAGUGGUCGAUACCCCCGGCAUUCUGGAUACGUCUAAAAAUACAGACAUCAUAAAUAAAGAGAUUGCAAAAUGCAUUCACAUGACCACUCCUGGGCCUCACGUCUUCCUGCUGGUUCUUCAGAUUGGCAGGUUUACCCAAGAAGAAAACAACUCUGUGCGAGCUCUGGAGAAACUCUUUGGACCUGAGGCAACAAACUACACGAUCAUCCUGUUCACUCACGGUGACAAGCUAACUAAAGAGAAGACAACCAUACAAGAGUAUUUGAGAACUGGCCAACCUAAACUCAGACAGUUGUUGGCUAGGUGUGGUGAAAGAUAUCAUGUCUUCGAUAACAAAGAUAAAAACAGAAUUCAGGUGGCUCAUCUGAUCAAGAAGAUCGAUCACAUGGUGGGAACAAAUGGAGGAUGUCACUACACAGAUAAAAUGUUUGAGAAAGCGCAGGAGCAAUUAAAAACAUCAGGACAGCUUUUAAAUGAGGCCUUCAUGGCAGAGCUGCGGCAAAAAGUCAUCCUGUUUCAGCAAAUAUUGGCUAAUCCAGAGGGCUGGACUAGCUAGGACUACACUUGCCAGUCUUCUGAGUCAAUAAUGGAUCCUUAAUCUGAUGUA